AUGACUGUCAAUGAAAUCUGGGCCGCAUACAAGCGUUCACGCGACGGAGAUCACUUUACUGACAAUGUUACAUUAGUCUUUGUUCCCACCGCAGCAGGUGCUCGAGGUUACGAUGCAGUCAGACAAUUGCUCUCUAGGUCUUAUGAUAGGCGUGUCGUGGAUGUUAAGGAAAAAGUGUUGUUUAGUACCGUAUCGAACAAUGCGCUUGUGGAAGAAACAGAGACUACGAUUUCCUUUCUGACGGGAGAAUGCGGGUGGCUGAUUCCCGGAGUGGAUUCUCGACAUGCUGUUGAUGCGAGGAUUGUUAUUCCGAUGGUAACCUCGGCAACUUUCGAGAAUGAUAGGAUUUCGUCUAUUCGACUCUAUUGGGACCAAGCCUCAGUUCUCAAGCAACUCAGACUCAUUUCCGACAAGAGCUCAUGGCCGAUUGUUGGUGAACGGCAAAUCGAUACCGUCCGUGAUAUGGCUACGGCUCACCUGAAUCCACACAACAUUACUAGUGGAGUAGCACAAAUGGAUAUAAAUCAGGGUCCACCCCGACGCAAUAUUCAUACCAGUAGCCGUGUACUUCAACCUGGUGGGACCGGCGGAAAAUCAUCUGUAUUCGACACCACCGCUCCGAAUGAACCCACAAAUACGAAGUACAAUGCCAACAAGAAUGCAUCUCAGUUCGCGAUUGCCGACGACCAUGAUGACAAUGCCUCUGUUUCCUCCGGAGUAGUAGAAGAAUCACACCGACGCAAUAUUCAUACCAGUAGUCGUGUACUUCAACCUGGUGGUACCGGCGGAAAAUCAUCUGUGUUCGACACCACUCCGAAUGAACUCACAAAUACGAAGUACAAUGCCAAUAAGAAUGCAUCUCAGUUCACGAUUGCCGACGAUCACGACGAUAAUGCCUCUGUUUCCUCUGGAAUUUCUGGCUCCACUAGACGACCUGGGAAGUCUCAAUUUGAGUCCAGUGUCGUAAUAGGAGACGAUACUGGUGGGAGACUUGGUGACAAUGACCCUGUGGGGAGAAGCAACGCUAGCAUGAAGCCUUCUAGUCGUGUCUUAAGACCCCCGGGUGGUGGGUCUUCGUUUACUUUCGGGUAA